CCAAAAUACAUGGUUAUGUUUCUGUACGACACUAUGUGGUGGGUGGUACUUUCUACAGCCACAGCAGUAUCCGGCUUCGAGAUGGACAAUAAUCACCAGGACAAAGACAGCACGGACCAGUCAGACCUGGUUUCUGAGGACGGCAAGAACGUCAAGUCGGUUCUGUGUCAGCGUUGCGGAUCCAAGGUGCUGUGCCCCGGAAUGGCUGCCUUUACAGAGAAAGAGCUGUUUUUACCUUCAAUGAGGAAAAAGAGUGGCCUUAGCAGCACAGAGGGCUCAGUGGAUGGGGACACCCUGACUGCCCACUGGUUAGUGGAUGACAUGUACACUUUUGAGAAUGUGGGCUUCACUAAUGACGUGGGCAGAAUCAAGUAUCUCAUUUGUGCAGACUGUGAGAUUGGACCAAUUGGCUGGCACUGUUUGGAUGACAAGAAAUGUUUCUACAUCGCUUUGGAAAGGGUGAAUCAUGUGUAGUGUAAGUGCAUAUAUGUCAGGCCACAAGAACUUUUAAAAAUGCUUUGGCAGUCUAUGCACAUCAUGUUUUUACUUUCAGACUUAUGCCUCGGCCAACCUGACCUGUCUCUCUCUCUCUAUCUCACUCACUCACACACACACACACAGCGUCUACAGAAGUACAGUAGAGUCUGGUUGUUAUAUUUGUACGGAAUUAUACAAUUACAAAACAGUGUCACAACAAUUUCUCUUAAUUACACUGACAACAGAAUGACUGUUCUGGUCUAAUAAAACUGUUUCUGAGGA